AUGUUAAUUCAUAUUUACACAGGUUUUAACUGUUUUUUUUUAAUUAAACUCACUUUUGCUUUAAAUUAUUGUGGUUCCAAUGUGUGCAAUAAUACUAAACAACAUACGCUCUGCAAAUAUCAGUCACCAGAACCAGCUAGCCAUUGUAUUGAUUAUGAGAAGACUAUUAGAACACAUCAAGACAGGACAGCCUUGCUUAACAAGAUUAACGAAAGAAGGAAUAGAAUAGCAUCCGGUGAUGUUCAUUCUUAUGCCUCAGCUGACAAUAUGUUGAAAUUGGAGUGGAAUGAAGAGCUAGAAAAAUUUGCUCAAAGGUGGGCCGAUCAAUGUGUAAAACAAACGUACAAUUGGGAUCAGGAGGACACUUGUCGAGAUUUAGGAUACCUAUCUGUUGGUCAGAAUAUAGCAACUGUGUACGGGGAAUCACCGGGAUUGUCUCCUUUAUCGAUGGUGGACGUGUGGUACACGGAGUUGUUAAAUGCAAACGCUUCUUUAAUUUCUCGUUACAAACCUUUUAGUUUCAGAUUAUCUGACAGUGCGUUCUCUCGUUACCAUUAUUUCACGCAAUUAGUUUGGGCACGCUCUAGCGAGGUUGGUUGCGGCGGUGUGAAAUUCAAAGAACUUUUAGAAGGCGAUCGCAGCAACAAAAAUAGGACUGUCAAUAGAUUAGUGUGCAAUUUCGCAGCCAGGGGCAAUAUUGCGGGAGAAGCCGUCUAUAGCACAGGACCACCUUGUUCCAGAUGUCCAAUAGGAAGCACGUGUGAUACAGAAUAUAAAGCUUUAUGCGGUCUUACCCAUCAUAAAACGAAACCUGAAGAGAGUGUAUUAAUGGGUAACAAACCAACAACAAAUACACACUCUGAGAAUACCACUGACACUGAAAAUAUAAAUGAUGAUGAUAAUAUUACUUUUGAUUACAUUUCUCAAUAUUUUGAUUUUACAAGACAGUUAUUAACCACGCCUUCUACUCGAAGUUCCAGUUCAUGUAAAGAUUUAGCUGUAGACGAAUUUAUUGAAUUAUUAAGGAAAAAGCUGAGUAGUGAUUCAUUACUCAAAGAAUUACUUCUCUCAACAAAAAACAUGCAAAAUGGAAAUAAUGAUUUCACUUUCACUGAUCCAAAUGUCGCAGUAUUUGUGAGCAAAAUAUACAGCAAGAAAAUGCCAACUACGACAACGAAGCUACCUGAACAGGAAUAUGUGAAUUCAACUAUACUAGUAGAUUUGGUGGAAGCGGUCAUAUUCAGAAGUGGUGAAAGAAAUACACCUACGCAACAACUAGAAGAAUUAAAACAGCCUGCUAUGGAUGUGAGUCCAGUUAAAAUUCAAGCAGAACUCGCUGAAAUUAAAUUGAACCAUGAUUUUACUGGUCAUUAUUUUUUUCCUGAAGAUAUUACUGAAGAGUCGAAUACAGAGACGGUAGAUUUGUAUGAUAAUACUCCUAAUAUUCCUGCAUCAGAUAUUGUGUUGGAAAUAGAAAAUUUGAAAAGAACUGAGAGAACGAAGAAUUUUCUGGAUGAUAUUAUAGAAUCAGAUGUGACGGAAAGUCAGUUAGAGAGAAGAAAACGUGGAGUUGGAGAUGUACCCAAAAAUAAAUAUCGCUGGGAAUAUUCAGUGAAAUCGGGACAACCGCCACAUUCUCUAAAUACGGACCACCAGAAAAUCGUUAUCAAAUAUGGUGAUUUGUCAAAGAAAUUAGCGGCAGAUUUAAAAAUAUUGAAGUUGAAUGAAAUUUUUCAUUGUUCUUACAAUAAUACUUAA